AUGUCAAAGUUUGGAGGGGCACCAAAGUGUCCAAUUUGUACAAAGUCUGUCUAUGCCGCUGAGAAGGCAUUGGGUCCAGGUGGCAACGAUUACCACAAGACUUGUUUGGUCUGUGUAACAUGCAAGAAGUCAUUGGACUCAACCAAUCUGUGCGAGAAUGACUCAAAGCCAUACUGCAAGGCAUGCUAUGGCAAGAACUUUGGUCCAAAGGGCUUUGGUUUCGCUGGAGGUGGUGCCAUCAUGCACACAUAA